AUGGCCAUCACCGAUUUCUCAACACAGGCCAGUGGAUGCCACUGUAAGCCCCUGCUGGAGAAGCUGGAGGGCCAGCUGACAGAAACUCAGGAGGAGAUGAGGCUGCACAUCCUCAACGUCCAGGAGCAGGUCAACCGGAGACUCAGCAAGAUGGACCACAGGAACAGACACCAGAUGAAGGUGCUGGACCUCCUGAGUGAGCAGAGAGCCGCAGCAGAGAGGAGGAGGACGGGGUUCAGGAUCGAGCAGAGAGCUGCCCAGGGCCGGGAGGAGGCCCUCAUGACACAGGCCGCGGUGAGUCACGAGCUGAAGAGGUGGUGUGUGUCCCGGCUGAAGGACAUGGAUGCCCCCCUCCCAGCCAGAGGCCAGUACUACCACUUACUCCCGUCCCAGUCUGUGGAGCAGUGUGCAGCAGACGCUGACCUGGAGUCAGUGCCCCUGCUGUCGGUGCUGUCCGGAGACAGCAGCACGUCCCUGGCUACCUACGUCAACAUCCUGCCGUCCAGAUCCUCCGUUAGUGUGGGGGGGCCGGAGCCGGACAUGGUGGGGGGCAAGACCUACUUUGAAAUGAAAGUGGAAAGGUCACCAGACGUAGCAGAGGCCCGGGUGGAAGGAAGUGAUCCCAGCGUGAACGAGAAGCCACCAAAUCGGGACAGCAAGAGUGAAUGA